UUGCACAGCUGCUGGCACACAAGAAACAAAGGACCCUUGAAAUAACUUCCUCAUGGAGGCAUGAGCAAAGGUAAAGGGGAGGAGUUGUGCCUAAAAAAACAAACCCAACCUGUCGUUCUCAGCUCUGCCAACCUGUCAGUCCAGCCAUGCAGGAGAGAGGCAGAGAGACAGAGAAAAGGAAAGGAGGGAGUGAAGCAGAGAUUCUUUCAGAUCUCAGCAGACAUUAAGAUUUCCAAUGACCAAAGGAAACAAAUAGCCCCUGGGACGGACAAGUCUGUUCUGCAAACUGAUGCCACGAGGCAGAGAUGAGAAAGAUGACUGAGCAGCGUGGUUGCUAUAGGCCUGUAAACACACAGGGAAAUAAGACCAGUUACCAAGGCACUUGUCAAGAAAGCCCGGAAAAGGGGAUGAAAAGAUUGCAGAAGAGGUUUCUCCACAAGGAUGGCAGCUGCAAUGUGUACUUCAAACACAUCUUUGGGGAAUGGGAGAGCUAUGUAGUGGACAUAUUUACCACACUGGUGGACAUCAAGUGGCGCCAUAUGUUUGUGAUAUUCUCGUUGUCAUAUGUUCUUUCAUGGUUAUUCUUUGGACUGGUCUUCUGGCUGAUAGCAAUCCAACACGGAGAUUUAUUCAAUGAUGAAGAAAUAACCCCCUGUGUUGCAAAUGUCCAUAGUUUCACAGGGGCAUUCCUGUUCUCCCUUGAAACCCAAACGACCAUCGGGUACGGUUACCGCUGUGUUACAGAAGAGUGCUCCGUCGCAAUCCUCAUGGUUAUCUUGCAGUCAGUAUUAAGCUGCAUUAUUGACACCUUCAUAAUCGGAGCAGCCUUGGCUAAAAUGGCCACAGCUCGAAAAAGAGCUCAAACCAUUCGUUUCAGCUACUAUGCUGUUGUUGGCCUGAGAGAUGAUAAGUUUUGCCUCAUGUGGCGCAUUGGUGAUUUCCGGCCAAACCACAUGGUUGAGGGCUCUGUACGAGCUCAGCUCCUGCGCUACAAGGAAGACAAGGAGGGGAGAAUGACAAUGGAAUACAAGGACUUGAAGUUGCUAAAUGACCAGAUCAUACUUGUUACGCCAGUGACCGUCGUACACGAAAUUGAUAGCGAGAGCCCCUUGUAUGGUCUAGAUCGGAAAGCUCUGGCCAAAGACAGCUUUGAAAUCUUGGUCACAUUUGUCUACACGGGUGAUUCAACAGGAACUUCACAUCAGUCAAGAAGCUCGUAUGUCCCCAGAGAGAUUCUUUGGGGCCAUAGGUUUAAUGAUGUCUUACAUGUAAAGAAAAAAUACUACAAGGUGGAUUGCUUACAGUUUGAAGAAACCACAGAGGUUUAUGCUCCUCACUGCAGUGCCAUGCAGCUGGAUCGAAAAGAGCAAGAAUGGAACCGAAUUGAGAAGACGCGGGAAAAAGAAGCAGAGACAUCAGCACUGGAGAUCAAGCCAUUCAGUACCGACCGAACAUCAUUUAGUGCAGUUGCCCUCAUCACCAGCUGCGAAGAUCCAGAAGACCCAGUGACAACUGUCAGUCAGCCUUCUGGAGAAGUUUCAUAUCAGAAAGCAACUGUGACCUUAAAUAGGUUAUCAAUAGAGUCCCAAAUCUAGCUUUUCACUGCAAGUAAAAGCACUUCCAACAAAUUCUCCCAUCAUAGCUUUUAGAAUGUAAACAGUGAACUCAUCUGCACAAGUAUUUCUAUUACAAACCUCGCUGACAGUAUGCCCACAUUGUAAUACACUGCUGAGCUGCUAAAAGGAGCUCCGUGCUGGUUAGCGUGGGUAUCAGCAACAGAUUAGCAUUGGCACAAGAGAACAGCUUAUAUUUGGGUUGACUAGACAGCUACUGCACUUGAGCAAACUUACUGUAAACUUUAUUACCCUGCAGGGACCAAUGUUGGAUGUACCCAGAGGCAGAUAAUGAUCUAGGCAGGGAACAGACACAAUGGAGUGUGCCCUCUAGGUCAGGUUUUCAAAGCUGCCUCAUUUAUUUGGAAAGCCAGUUCCCAAUCUCUCUAGGAGGCUCUGGAACUCCCCACCAUCACAACAUUGCACCUCUCCAGCAGUUCAAACAAAGCCCUCAUCCCAGGGUUACACUGGUGAAUCUAUGGGGGUGUGCUUUGUAGGAAGGAGCGAACUGAACCCAGUAUUACUGGGUAGCUUUGGAAACCUGCUUACACCCUGCCUCGUCCUGUGGGAGCCACAGCGGGAUCUUGCAGAGCUUUUCCCAUUUCCUGUGGUGAGCUAUUGCUAGAAGUGCCUCUCCCUGGGCAGCCUGAGGUAGGUGGUAUGUGAGCUGCCUUGGGGCUGCAUGCACAGUUUGCUACCUGCCAAACUCACUUGCAGCGUUCAGAAAGCAAAACAAGUUGACACUGAAAUCAGCAAAAGCAAGUUGAGCCUCAGAGAGAAGGUGCUGGGUUUAGAGUGAGCUGUGCAAUAUUUUAAAUCAAGUGUUUCAUUUCAGAAUGUCAGCCUUUGCUUUUCUCUUUUAGUGUAUUACGCUUCUUUAAAAGGACAGUGAUCAAUCUGGAGACCAAAGAGUGUGAUUUUGUCAGAAGGAAAUACUUUCAUUCCCCUGAAAUAACUGUGUUAAAAUGAUCCUUCACAGACAAAUUCAACAUAUUCAGCUGUCAUCUCAAUAAGGCAAAAAAGGAGAAUGUCGACGUUUGGAAGUUACCUGUGACAUGGAAGUUCCACGCUCUGCACAUCCUGUGCUUACUCAAUAAGCAGUAUCUCAUCGUGCUUUUUUUCCCCUUGAUGAUUAUGGUUCAUUUGCAUUGUAUGUAAUUAUAAUGCUAAUGUAAAAGUAAUUAUCUCUGAAUUUGUGGUUACCUAAACUGGGAUUUAGCUCACCUGACCUCAGCCCUCAAGAAAUCAAGUGUUUGCCUACCUAUUGAGGCCUCUGUGCUCACUGGAACUCUUCUUCUGUCUUCACAGGGGACUUUACCCCGUUUUGCUUUGGCUUUUUAGGGAGCUGAAGGCAACAGGAUGUGUUCAUCCUUCUCUGUUUAUCGUUGAAAGAGAUGAGAUGAUGGUUGUGGCAAUGCUGCCUAACUUUAGGCUGCUAAAAUUAGGUCUGACGUGUCACUCACAUCAUUCUGACUAAUUAAAAGGUUUUAUGAGCUCAUCACAGUUAAUGAAGAAAAACAGCAUGCUGAAUCUUUCUCCGCCUGAAAUUUACUCCAUAUAGUAGCAAUGCUGCAUUAUUUUCAUGUAUCUUGCAUUUUCUCUUUUGCUAGCACUUGAUAGAAAUGAUGCCUUUAGGUAAAACGAAGCACAUUAACAAGCCUGGGGGGAGGUCGUUAUUCCAGAACUCAUUAGUUAGCCAAUUCUAUAUGCUGAAUCAUCAGCACCAUCCAUCUAUAACUAUAGUAGAAAACAUCUUCUUGUAUCCUGGAUUUGAGCAUUGUCAAGCAUUGGGGAAAUGGUCUAAAAAAUGGCAAGGAAUAUAGAAAAAUGUAUAAGGGUCUCAGUACUCACAUGGUGUUGGAAAAGACACCAUCUGGAUUGUGUAAAAUAGAAUAUAACCUUGAAGCCACUUGAAGGAAUCCAUCCACACUCCUCUAUCCAUGAAAGAUCUUGGCUGGGAUACUUUAUUUGAUGUUGGGCACCUCACUUUGGGGAAGACAUGGAACAAUUUGAAGCCAAUCCAGAGAUCUAGAAGAAAUGUGAGUGAGGAAGUGGGGAAAUAUCUUCAGGUGUUUCAGUCCAAAAAGGGGUUAGAAAACAAAGAAACAGUUCUCAAACACAGAAAUUGCAAUUUAAAAGAGAGGGACAGUCUGUUAUUGUAUGUGGUGGGUAGGACAGGGCUUAAAUUGAAACCAAAGAGAUUGAAGUGAACUGGGAGCCUGCUGGAGAAGAUGCCUUGUAGGAGUGAUACAGGAUAAGCUCUUGCCUUGAAUUUUCCAACCCUGUUUUUCUGUGAUCCUGAUUAUCAGAAAAAGGGACUGUAUAGCAUGAAAUCUGCUUAACUGCUCACUUUGCAAGUAUUUACACGUGUGUUUGUGCUUAGUUAUAGAAUCAUAGAAUCCUGGAAUGGUUUGGGGUGGAAAGGACCUUAAAGCUCAUCCAAUUGCAACCCCUGCCAUGGGCAGGGACACCUUCCACUAGAGCAGCUUGCUCCAAGCCCCUGUGUCCAACCUGGCCUUGAACACUGCCAGGGAUGGGGCAGCCACAGCUUCUCUGGGCACCCUGUGCCAGCGCCUCAGCACCCUCACAGGGAAGAGCUUCUGCCUAAGAGCUCAUCUCAGUCUCCCCUCUGGCAGGUUAAAGCCAUUCCCCCUUGGCCUGUCCCUACAGGCCCUUGUCCAAAGUCCCUCUCCAGAUUCCUUGUAGGUAAAGCUACCGAGAGAGAGGAAACACUACUGAGCUGUGUAACCAAAACCCAAAUAAUAUCACCAAAAGGUGCUCGUUUCAGGUGCUGUUUGUAAAAGCAGUUUCCCUCGAGCUGUGGAUCUCAGCUACUUUUCCCUCUCCAUUAUGUACUGUGUGAGCCUCUUGCGGUGAAAGAAAUUCCUUCCUCAGAACGACUUUCCUGUGAGUGGAAGUACCAGGAAUCUGAUUGAGGGUUUUGUCACAUGCUUCUUGGUAUAGAUAGAUAGAUAUAAACACGUGAGCAUGUAGAGUAAUGUAUGUGCUGGCGUGUAAGCCAACCGCUAACUGAUGAGGGUCAGGAAGAAACUUCUCUCCUGGGCAUGUUAAUUCGUAACAGGCUACUAUACAGUUUCUCCUACUUUUAUCUCCAGCAUCUGAUACCAGCCAGUGCUGGAGACAGGAUACUGGUUGAACCACUGGUCUCAACUUGUCUGGCUUUUUCUCUGUUUGAUAUUUUAAUUUCAUUUAUCACAGUCUGUAGAAUGAUGGAGAGUGAAGCAUGCAUUGCAUUUCUAUGAAUAAAGACUCAGAAAUAAAGAACAUGCCUCUACCACA